CGAUGCCAGCUGUUUGUCUUCUUCUUCUACUACAGUAUAUUGUGAAAAUUAAACAAAUAAGUAGAAAACCUUUUUGAAAACAAUCAAAUAUUACAAGAAAAUGGCACAAGUCGCUUUUCUGGACAACCUUCUAAGAGAGUACCUGGUAUUUCGAGGAUUCUCGGGAACCUUGAAGGCUCUCGACUUAGAGCAGCGCACAGAAAAGGAUCAGCACUUCCGAGCCGAGAGGAUCUUAGAGCAAUUUAAUAAUGCUGUGCAAACUUCUGAUCUCCAGGCUCUUAGAGGUCUGUGGUUUCACCUGGACAACAACAUAUUUUCCAAGCUGGAACAUACCUACGCCGUGGCUGUCAAGAAACUGGAAAAUAGCCUGCUGAAAUACUAUUUGGUGACCGCUUAUAGCAGCAAUCGUCCUGAAAAGGUAUCUGAGUUUUUCAAUAAGUUGGCGGGCGAUUUGCAGCAGCAAAGUGAAUGGAAGGACUGGUUUUAUUUCCCCUUUUGCAAGAAUGCCGAGGAGUCACCCACUUUUGCCCUAUUCUUCACAAAACAGUGGCAAGACACAUUGCUUUUGUCGCUGCGUAACUUUCUGACCACCGUCUACCAGUGCCUGCCGCAGCCCACAUUUGUGCGUGCAGAGCAGGAAGCCGCUCACAUGCAGCGCCUCAGCGAGGACAAUGCCGGUUUGCGGACUCGCCUUCUCAACCUUCAGCAGGAACUACACCAGAUGAACCAACAGCAGCAGGGAACUUCUGCCGCUGGACCCAGCGGAGGAUCCAUUGGAGGUGGCGAUGUUGGUGCCCGACGACGCAGUGUCUUUCGCCAGCAGCAAAGUCUUAGCGACAUCCUGCCCUUUGAUAUAAGUCCGCCCGGCCAUAUUGUCGACGACUUUUGCAUCAUUGCCUCUGAGGCGAACAGCGUUAGUCAGGCCAGCGACGCCCAGGCUCGGAGCCUAAAGCAGCUUAUACGUAACAUCGGAUCCGGCAGUUCGCCUGUGAUGGGUCGAAAGGACCAGGCAGCUAGUUCCCUGGGGGACAAGUCUACCAAACGCAGGUCGGGCAGCGUGGGACGUAGUUGGAUUUAGAAAGAUAGGUAGCGAAGCAAUACAACCAUUACAUUUCCGAGGGGUAUUAUUACUCUUCAUCAGAAUUUCGAUAAAAACUAAAGUAAUAACUUCUGUUUUUAAAAGUAGUUCAAAAACAAGCAUUCCAUUUAAAAAACGUUCGAAUAACAUUAUGUAGCCUAAAAAGCUAUAAUCCAAAUCAAAAAAGCUAAAUUCAAAUUUUGUAGUGCCCGGACUUUUAGGUAUACGUUCAUAUUAAAAAUACAUAUAAUUUUAAAAAGUUGCGUUAUAAUUUCAUUAAAAUUUCUGUAUGUUUUUAUGGAAUAUUUAUAUACUUUCCAAACAUACAAUAGGAAUCAAACAAGAUAUUCCAUAACUUUGAAACUUUGAGUCAUUGAAGGUUUUUUUCAAGCAUUCAGAACUUUAACAAAGUUAAAAUUUUUUAUACAUUUCCCACAUCCAGAUUACCAUCUAGACAAUUAGACCCUCCAAAUAAGAACUGCCAAGUGUUUCCAAUCUGUUAUCCAAUGUUUUUAAUUUAUAAGCGAUUCUCAUCAGUUCGUAGACGUACAAGAGUUGUACUACAAAACAAAGAGCAAUGCGUGUAGCGUAAUACAUAAUUGCAAUAAAUAACGUAAAAUUACAAAUAAAUAUAUUGUAGGUGUA